GGAACAAACAUUUCCUUGUCCUCUAGAGAGAGAGAGAGAGAGAGAGAGAGUGAGAAGAGCGAAAGAGAAAGAUGGCGAAGAGUUUAGCUCUAACAGCGAUCACGUUGCUGGUGUUAUGGCUGGCUAUGUCGGUUGGGACUUGGGCUGAGGAAAGUGAAUCAUGGACUGGAUGGCUUUCAAAGUCGCCCGGAUUCAGGCAUGACAAUGAAGUAAACCAAGCUAAUACUGCUUCUGGUCCAUCGGCGCAAGGGAGUUCUCAAAAUAUGGAUUUUUUGCUAGCGGUUCAACAAAAAUUACAGGUAGCUUUUCAGGCCAUUCAACAAGGAAAAAAAGAUGAAGGUCAAGAGAUGCUGAAAGUUAUUGUCACAAUUCUUAUGCGGGAAAAAUCUUUAACUAUAGAACAAAAAGAAGCUAAACUUACCGAGUUUGUGAAGAAUGCUGAGAAGUCACUCAAUCCAGACACUCAAGUGAUUGCUGAACAAUUCCUUCUAGGAGCAAAAGUGGGACUAAAGAUUAAUCAAGCACAGCCAGGUGAUACUGCUUCCGGUCCAUCCGCUCAGGGAAGUUCUCAAAGUACGGAUGUUUUGCUAGCAGUCCAACAAAAAUUAGAAGCAGCUUUUCAGGCCAUUCAGCAAGGACAACAAGCUCAAGGUCAAGAGAUGCUUGUAGAUGCUACCGUUGCUCUUAAACAGGAAAAAUCUUUAACUGUCGAACAAAAAUCAGCUAAACUUACCGAGUUCGUGAAGAAUGCAGAGAAGUCACUCAAUAAAGAGACUCAAGAGAUUGCUGAACAAUUCCUUCUCGGCGCACAAGUGGGAUUCAAGAUUAAUCAGCAACACCAAGCUAAUACUGCUUCUAGUCCAUCCGCUCAGGGGAGUUCUCAAAAUACAGAUUUUUUGCUAGCGGUUCAACAAAAAUUACAAGUAGCUUUUCAAGCCAUUCAACAAGGAAAAAAAGAUGAAGGACAAGAGAUGCUUAAAGUUAUUGUCACAAUUCUUAUGCGGGAAAAAUCUUUAACUAUCGAACAAAAAGAAGCUAAACUUACCGAGUUUGUGAAGAAUGCUGAGAAGUCACUCAAUCCAGACACUCAAGUGAUUGCUGAACAAUUCCUUCUAGGAGCAAAAGUGGGACUAAAGAUUAAUCAAGCACAGCCAGGUGAUACUGCUUCCGGUCCAUCCGCUCAGGGAAGUUCUCAAAGUACGGAUGUUUUGCUAGCAGUCCAACAAAAAUUAGAAGCUGCUUUUCAGGCCAUUCAGCAAGGACAACAAGCUCAAGGUCAAGAGAUGCUUGUAGAUGCUACCGUUGCUCUUAAACAGGAAAAAUCUUUAACUGUCGAACAAAAAUCAGCUAAACUUACCGAGUUCGUGAAGAAUGCAGAGAAGUCACUCAAUAAAGAGACUCAAGAGAUUGCUGAACAAUUCCUUCUCGGCGCACAAGUGGGAUUCAAGAUUAAUCAGCAACACCAAGCUAAUACUGCUUCUAGUCCAUCCGCUCAGGGGAGUUCUCAAAAUACAGAUUUUUUGCUAGCGGUUCAACAAAAAUUACAAGUAGCUUUUCAAGCCAUUCAACAAGGAAAAAAAGAUGAAGGACAAGAGAUGCUUAAAGUUAUUGUCACAAUUCUUAUGCGGGAAAAAUCUUUAACUAUCGAACAAAAAGAAGCUAGACUUACUGAGUUCGUGAAGAAUGCUGAGAAGUCACUCAAUCCAGAGACUCAAGUGAUUGCCGAACAAUUCCUUCUAGGAGCAAAAGUGGGACUAAAGAUUAAUCAGCCACACCCAGAUGAUACUACUUCUGAUCCACCCGCUUCGGGAAGUUCUCAAAGUACAGAUGUUUUGCUAGCGGUCCAACAAAAAUUAGAAGCAGCUUUUCAGGCCAUUCAGCAAGGACAACAAGCUCAAGGUCAAGAGAUGCUUGUAGAUGCUACCGUUGCUCUUAAACAGGAAAAAUCUUUAACUGUCGAACAAAAAUCAGCUAAACUUACCGAGUUCGUGAAGAAUGCAGAGAAGUCACUCAAUAAAGAGACUCAAGAGAUUGCUGAACAAUUCCUUCUCGGCGCACAAGUGGGAUUCAAGAUUAAUCAGCAACACCAAGCUAAUACUGCUUCUAGUCCAUCCACUCAGGGGAGUUCUCAAAAUACGAUUUUUUUGCUAGCGGUUCAACAAAAAUUACAUGUAGCUUUUCAGGCCAUUCAACAGGGAAAAAAAGGUGAAGGACAAGAGAUGCUUAAAGUUAUUGUCACAAUUCUUAUGCGGGAAAAAUCUUUAACUAUCGAACAAAAAGCAGCUAAACUUACCGAAUUCGUGAAGAAUGCUGAGAAGUCACUCAAUCCAGAGACUCAAGUGAUUGCUGAACAAUUCCUUCUAGGAGCAAAAGUGGGACUAAAGAUUAAUCAACCACACCAAGAUGAUACUACUUCCGAUCCAUCCGCUCCGCGAAGUUCUCAAAGUACAGAUGUUUUGCUAGCGACCCAACAAAAAUUAGAAGCAGCUUUUCAGGCCAUUCAACAAGGACAACAAGCUCAAGGUCAAGAGAUGCUCGUAGAUGCUACCGUUGGUCUAAAACAGGAAAAAUCUUUAACUGUCGAACAAAAAGCAGCUAAACUUACCGAGUUCGUGAAGAAUGCUGAGAAGUCACUCAAUAAAGAAACUCAAGAAAUUGCUGAAAAAUUUCUUGAAGGCGCACAAGUGGGAUUCAAGAUUAAUCAGCAACACAAACCCUGAUACUGCCACUACAGCAAAAUCGGUCUUUUACAUCGCACAUUUUACUUGUGCCGUAAAAUACUGUCAUUUACGGCGCACAUCUCAUGUGUGCCGUCAGAAUGUCUUUAUUCAGGUCAUUCAUGGCGUGCAUCUUAUGUGUGCUGUAAAUUAGUUAUCAGGCUUACACAAUAUGUGUACCGUAAAUAAAUUAUUUAAAUAGUUUUUUACGACUUACUUUUCAAGCAUGUCGUAAAUGAGUUAUAAAAUACUAAUAUUUUUUUAUUGAAGUAUAUUAUUUUUUUUUUCUUUUGCUUUGAUUGAAAAACGAAAAACAAAAGCCAUUGGUAUAUGUAUAUUAAAUUGUUCUUCGUUUGUGUUUUUUCAAUCUUCCUUAUUUCAUCUCAGAGUCCAUAGACUCCGACUCGCCGACUCAAUGGUGGUUCACCGUUCACUCCCUCACCGCCUCUCUCUUUUUCCGAUGACCUGUGUUCUCUCCGAAACCUCUCUCCGUCCGCGAAAGAUCGGCUUCCGAUUCAAGCAUUUCCUUCCUUGAGUAUCGUCGGAUCUUGUAUCUCACUCACAGCGAUUCGUGCAUAGCUCGACCUCCAUGGCCAUCAGAGGCGUCGAUUUCAAGUGGUUGAUUACACUACAGUGUUUGUUUUUUGCUUGUUGAUGUUUGUUGAUAAUGGGCUGGCAGCUGGAAUGGGUUUAAGGUGGACUUUGGCAAUGGUGUGCCUGAGAAAACUUCAGUGGAACCUAAAGUAUCUGAGGAAGGGCUUCUUGAUGCUAUUCAGCAGGAUUACUUCCCAUCUGCUUCCAUAGAGAGUUUUGAAUUACCUCUUUCCGAAUCAAAAAGGGUUAGGUCUGAAGGAAAGCUACUAGUCAUCAUUGAUGAUUAUAUAGGCUGCAGUAAGGUAUUACAUUGCCUGUUUUCCUUUUCCUGAAUUAAAAGAGGCUUGGUUUCUAGGAGUUUAACGUUGGUUUAAUAACUAAGAACUUCUGGAAAUUUAAUGGUGAUGGUUACUUUACGAUUGCCUGAUAAAAGGUUCUGUUUUUGUUUGUUCCCACUUUUGGAGGCCAAUAGAAUUUUGUUUUUAUUGUUUUUAUCUUCUGUUCUUAGUUUCCUGUUAUGACUGAUAAUUUUGAUUUAAUGCAUUAUUUGUUUAUUGCUUUUCCAGUAUUUUGAUUCUGGUAAAGUUGAUGUUAAGAUUUUUCAAGAGUUUCAGGUCCUUGAGGUAUUACAGCAUCUCCUGAAUUUCUUUAGGUUUUUCUGAUACUCUGUUUAUUUGCUUUAAGCCAUUGGUUUUGCACUGGUUUGUAGAAGAUGGAAUCUGGAAAUAAAGAGUCUCAAAAGAAAAAUUCACUGGAAGAGUUUGAUUCUGAAGUAGGAGUUGAUGCUGUCAAGCAUGACCAUUUUCCAUGUGCCUCAACAAGGGUACUGUGAAAAUUGUUAGAGUUACUAGUCCAUUCAGUAAUUUCUUUGUUACUGUAUGUGGUAAUCACUUGUUGAUUGUGCUGGUUUAGUAAUUUCAGCAUGUGUUGAGGUGAAAGCUCAAUAUGGGAAUUUUUGAUGGAUUGCCAGUGUCUCGAGACAAGGAAGCUCUAUGAUGUACUACUUCUUCAUGGGAAAUCGUUGGCAUGUGUCGUCAUAUCAAGCUAUCAUCAGCCCCUUCAACUACUCAUGUAAUCAAUCGGAAGACAAUUUUAAUCUAGCUGGCAUGUUCUAUAUUUGAAAACUAGUUUAAUUAUAUUAUGAUUUUGUAAUAUGAGGUUACUUAAUUGAUAUAAUUGACUACAUCAAGGCUUUUGUUUAUUAUGCUUGAAUGAAAGGGUUUAAUUGAAAG